AUGGCCCUCGUCGGCAAGAACGGUCAGACGCUGUCGAUCUGCCCGACGCUGUUCGGAGGCAUCUGUGGCGGUGUUGUCUUCUACACCUCCAUGCGCGCCGCCACCGGCCCCAUCAUCCUCUCCAUCCAUGUCUCCGUGUGUUCGUCUCGGCUGCCCGUCUUUGUCGACUGCGACAUCACGGCCGCUGCCGCGUCAACGGGCCUGCUCACCAGCAGCCUGCUGGAUCACUUCGCGGCGCUGCCCAACAGCACCACGACAACACUGGAUGCCGUCCCCGGCAUGAACAGCACCAUCUUCGAGUAA